CCACCGCGCGCCCAUGCAGUCGCCAAGGAGCGCGGAGCAGGGACAGCAUGGCGGCCCCCGCCCAGCAGUCCUCUCAGCCGGUCGGCGGAAAGCGCAAAGGCAAGGCCCAGUUCUUCCCGGCCAAGCGGGCCCGGCGCUGUGACGCAGGCGGGCCGCGGCAGCUGGAGCCCGGCCUGCAGGGCAUCCUCAUCACCUGCAACAUGAACGAGCGCAAGUGCGUGGAGGAGGCCUACAGCCUGCUUAACGAGUAUGGCGACGACAUGUACGGGCCCGAAAAGUUUAUAGACAAGGACCAGCAGCCCUCUGGAAGUGAGGGAGAAGAUGAUGAUGUGGAGGCUGCCUUGAAGAAAGAAGUUGGUGACAUUAAGGCUUCUACAGAGAUGAGGCUGAGAAGAUUCCAGUCAAUGGAGAGCGGAGCAAAUAAUGUAGUCUUCAUCAGGACCCUUGGGAUAGAACCUGAGAAAUUAGUGCAUCACAUUCUCCAGGAUAUGUACAAAACCAAGAAAAAGAAGACACGUGUUAUUCUGCGAAUGUUGCCCAUCUCAGGCACCUGCAAAGCUUUCUUAGAAGAUAUGAAAAAAUAUGCAGAAACAUUUCUGGAGCCCUGGUUUAAAGCCCCAAACAAAGGGACAUUUCAGAUUGUCUACAAAUCUCGAAAUAACAGCCAUAUGACUAGAGAAGAAGUUAUUAAAGAGUUGGCAGGAAUAGUGGGCAGCCUCAAUUCAGAAAAUAAAGUGGAUCUCACUAAUCCAGAAUACACGGUGGUAGUCGAAAUCAUCAAAGCUGUGUGUUGCCUGAGUGUUGUGAAAGAUUAUGUGCUAUUCAGAAAAUACAACCUCCAAGAGGUAGUGAAGAGUGCAAAAGACUCACAGCCUCACCCAAAGCUGGGAAAUGGCAAAGAAGCAAAAUUGGAACCCGAUGGCAAGUUGAAUCAAAGUGAUCCUGCAGAAGGGAAAAAUAACCAGCAGGUGGCACCAGAGAGCAGCGAGGAGCUGGGGCAGAGAAAUCCAAGGUCUGAAACCCCAGCAGGGAGUGAGGAAGAAGUUAAACCUGAACUUGAAAGUCAAGUCUCAGAAGGACCCACGUCAAAUGAAAAUGAGAUCUCAUAGGUCAUUCUCUGGGGAAGUGGGUCUCAGAUGGGGGUCUGCAACAAGCUAUUGGGGUUCCUUGUAAAAUUGUGAUAAUAUAUUUUGGCUCUUGUGUGCUGCUUAAUGCUGAUCUCACAAUUGCUGUUGACAGUUUUGUUAGAGUCCUUCCAGGCCUUCAUGUCAGUGUGUACAGACCCAUGCACUGUUGUCUAGGGGAGGGCGGUAGGAGGAUGGCAUUGGCCUCUGCCUCCUGGUAACUUCUUUGGUUUCCCUUUAAGCACUGCCACCUGAUGUGGAACUGAACAGCAUCUUAGUGGGAAAUCAGCAGGACAUUCUCAUUCUGAGGGAGUUAUGUGCCGCACACGGCUCAGCUGUCCCUGCCACUUCACUGUACACAGAGAAGUGGCACCGGAUUAUAUGGGAAUCACUUUGUGGUGGCUUCGUACAUUUUGUGUUUUUCUUGUUAUGUUUGUUUUAAUGUUCAGAGCAAAUCUGAUGGCCCAUCGCUGCAGUUUCUUACAGAAGAUGUGAGGUAGAAGAGGACUGGUGUAGGUGCAGACCCAUGGGUGUUUCUUGUAAGUUAGGGAUGAGGACUCACUCUGCUGAGUCCCUUCGUAUACUAGUACAUAAAUGACCACGGACAUCUCCUGCCCCAGGGUUUCACUGGACUGCUGUCCAAGCUGUCCUUUCCGUUUGUUGUGCUUUCAGGAAUUCCCCACAGUUAGAGAUGGUAAAGGGUGGAAGCGACCUGUGAGCAUUGCAAAACUGUCCAGGUGGGGACUGCGAAGUGGUUGUAGCGUUAGGUUGGGGAAAAGGUUUGUGCUUAACUCUUAAAACAAGUUAGAAAGUAGUAUAAAUACUAUGGUUCCUGGCACAAGUGGCUAAAGAGCCAGUGACGUGAGAAUAUAUUUCUUCUCAGAUAGCUAGAGCCUUGCCAAGAGGAUAUGGGAGAAGCAGAGAACAGGCAGCACCUCGAUAAUGCAGACGGGGCUGGAGCAUCCUCAGGGGUUUUGACACGUUAACUCAGGUCUGAGAUUGAAACCAUCUUGAAAGGAUAUGCCGUAGUAUCACUUAGGGGAAAAGGGAAGAGAAAAUCCUGGUGCCUUCUUGAGGCUUGCUCCUAAAUAACGAGGCUUUUCUUAAUAGUGUAGGACGAAGGGCCUGGGGAUAAAUUACCAUUUGCUCAGACACAAAGUUCUGGAGCUUGGCAAAGUUGCUGCCCUUCAGAUUUUGAUUUGUAUUAUGGUUUUGAUUGUCUUUUUAUUUAUGUGUGUUUAGUGAAACCCGAGUCUGACUGGGUGUUUGCAGGUUGUACAGUGCUGUGUGCUCCUGGAAUUGAAGCUCACUUACUCAUCUGGCUUUGCUUUCAGAUCUGACGCCUUUAUUUUCACUGACAUUUCAGUGUGUUAGUUUACAGACGAUCCCAGGGUGGGAAUUGAGUGGGUUUUUGUUUGUUUGGUUUUUGUUGUUUUAAGCUAAGGCAGUUAAAACAGAAAAUAAAGAAGCAGAAACCAAACCCCAGUGCUGUGGGCCAGUGUGCCUGCUCUACUCUACAGACAAAGGAGGUAAGCCUGGUACUGUAAGAUACGUUUCUCCAAAGCUGAACACAGUUUUCAAAAUUUUUUACUUGCAUUUUGUUCUUGGUACAGCUGAAUGUUCAGGUUGUUUUCAAAGUUCUGAUAUUUUAAAAAAUAAAAAUGAAUUUGUUCAAUAAA